AAAAUUUGUGACUAACAAUCAAUUUGAUUAAGUUUACAAUACCCCAGGAAAGCUGUUUGUUAAUUUUAGCGAUAAUUGAAAAUUAAUUUCUUCGGUUUGACAGAUUGCGACCUGUGCAUAACUCGCACCCAGAACGUGAUCAACAACAUAAACAAAAAAGAGGCGUGACAUUUAUAUUUGUCAAAUAAUUAUAUAAAGUUUAUUACUUUCACUCUCACCGAUUUUACGUAAUUCCAAAAUGACACAGAACAUAGUUUUGUCAGAAACCCUAGAUAUGCUGCACAGUUUGUAUGAUUUCAAAGCGACGUACGCGAAGACCCUUAGUUUCCGUACAAAUGAAUACUUUAUUUUGCACCAGACGAAUACCAAGCAUAAGAACUGGUGGGAAGUGAUCAACGAAGAUGGAGAAAUGGGUUUUAUACCUUCAAACUAUGUAGAAACUGUUACCGUAAACCCUUCUUUUUACUUACAAUUCCUCGACAAUUGCCUUGAUAACCUGAACAAACGCGCUUCUGGUGAGGGUAAUGGUGAGCGGCAAGAGGUGAUCGCAAGACUGAAAGACGUGAAACGACAAAUCGAACUGUUACCGGAAAUUAGUAGAAUUGGCAGUGACGGCGAUGAUAAUAAAACAUUACCUUACAAAAACUCGGAUAGAGAGACGCACGGUCAAAGUCUGAGAUCUUCUCCUAGUUCACAUUCGUCGUUGAUAACCGAACUGAAGAAUGAGGUUAAGGAGGAGUUGAUUACUCCAAUUCAAAAGACAAGUAAAGAGAGAGUGAGAAAGUCCAUUGAGAAUAUACAUGAUGAGGUCAGUUCUGAGGUUUACAAUGACCGGAAAAAGUCAGACACGUCGUCUCCAGCCAUUACCCAUCAGUCUGUGUAUGAACUAGUCGAAAGUGUGAGAAUUAAUACUCAGUUGUCUCAUGAAAUGUCUCGAGUGGCUGUGGUUACGGUAGUCCAGGGCUUACACGAGCUUCUACCGGCGUCUGUGUUUCCAUAUCUCAGCACUAUAUUGUCUCAAGUACAAACUUCCCUUGUUGUUGAUGAUGUUCAAAUCGAUCAAACACAUGAUGCUAGUCGUUUGAAAAUUAUUUUUACGGAGUUAACGUCUUGUAAGGAGGAUUCGCAACAACGCAGUUGGAUGCUCCACGAAGACGAAGAUGUGAUCAAAGAGUAUCUGCUAGAACUGAUUUCUAUUCUGUCAAACGCAGAUGCUAGUAUUUCCAGACAUGUGAUUUCCUCAGACCAGUACCACUGCAUUGUUACUCUGAUACAAUUUUAUCAGAUGGAAAUUCGCUGGUCGAUUCGCCAGCUAUUGUUACAAACUUUUGGGGUUUUGUGCAGCUUAGACAAAACAGUCGUCAGCAUCAUGCUGAAUUCGAUUCUACCAGGAGAACUUGCCAGGGACAUGAUGGCGAACGCUCGCAACAUUCCCAAAUUAAACUACUCGUCAAUACUGUUAACGAUGAUAUUUUCGAUGGGAGAACCGAUGCCGAUUACGCAUCACGAGUUGCUAGGAGGGAACUUUCUGUCUUUUUUAUUGAACAACAUCGAGUAUCCUCCUGAUACGGACAUCGACGAACAAAUCCCGGAUUUAUUCCUCAACUGUAUAAUUUCUUUUAAUUUGCAAUUUAGCGAAAGUUCGGAAAAUCCGGUUCUGAACGCUUUGGAAGAACGAGACGUUGCGAAAACGUUCACCGAGAAGAUUCUUCUAUUGCUUAAUCGCGAACAUGAUCCUGUGCGGAUUUUCGAACACGAACCCGCACCUCCACAUUCCCUGCUCAAGUUGUUCGUGGACUUGUUGAGCAGAAAAACCACGGCGGAUCUUUUCUACACGAACGAUAUUAAAGUUUUGAUUGAUAUCGUGGUGCGAAACAUCUCGGAUUUGUCGCCGGGGGACAAGAGAAGGCAGCAGUAUAUUGAAUUGUGUCGGAGGGUGAUGCGCAACACGAACUACGACGAGCACCGACACAGAAUCGACGAUAUUCUUAAAUGUUUCACUCGGAUCUUCUGUGAAGAAAGUGAUUUAAGUAAAUAUGACCAAAAAUUAGUGCGGGAGAUCUCGCACGAGUUCCCCCAGUUUUUCAAAUAAUUUGUGAUAUUUUUAUUUUUUUAUUAUUAAAUUUUAUUGAUGUAUA